GGAUUGCAACAGAGUAGAAGUCAACUGACUCGGAAUUAGUUUGGUUUGCUCGGUAUCGAAAGCAGCCGGCUCUUGGCCAAGUCGUGCUUUAAUACAUCACGUCAAAAUCACAAUGAAUUACAAGGAAAAAAAUUCCGCUCUGCCUCCCGCACAAUAAACAAAUUUUGCUUCCGUCAAGUGAACGUGCCCAUAUUAUGAACACCGAAAGUGAGUUGUUUUAAUUUAAGAUGCGCCUCCGGUUCUUCAUUCUACUUCUGCUUCAAGUCAUGUGCGAGGCUGAUAAUAAGACCCAUCAUCACGACCUCCAAAUUUCCGAAGCGCGCUACUCGCCUUGGUCCCCCUGGAGCCGUUGCAUCGACUGCAUUCAGAGAAGGAUCAAGAAGUGUAUUUCCCCCAAAUGCGAGGAUUCCCGCAUUUACGAAGAAAAACCCUGCGGGAAGAAACGCUGCAAGAGGAAAGCGCGCCAGAAAAAACAAUUCCGGGUCGUACAAUUGAACGAAGAUAGUAGCCAUUUGCUGCGUCAAGCGCCUUCUCGCAUUUGGAGCAAAUGGUCCAACUGGUCGCCCUGUUCGGAGAAUUGCAGGACGCAGAGGAUCAGGAUUUGCAGGAAGCCGGGACGCUGCAGGAAGAAGCAGCAGGAGCAGACGGCCUACUGCUACCACGACAAUUCCAUGUGUGAAAACUACGUUCUGAACUUGUUGGAUAACCAAGACGCAUACGAAAGCAACCGCUACUACCACUACAACAACUUGGACCGCCGCCUCCCGCAGCGCCGCCGCUGUGGGCAGCCUUUCCGCAAAUCGCGAAUGCUGAAAAUCAUCGGCGGCACCGAAUCGAAGAAGUACAAGUGGCCUUGGCACGUUGCCAUUUUAAACAAAUACUACGAAGUGUUCUGCGGAGGCACUCUCAUAGGCCCACGUUGGGUCCUCACAGCUAGUCAUUGCAUACGUCCGAUUUUACGCGUAAGACUGAACGAACAUGACCUAAGGGCUCGAGAUGGACGCGAGCUCGAGAUGACUGUUCACACGAUUUUCCAGCAUCCGAAGUUCAACCACAAAACGGUGGAUAAUGACAUUGCCCUACUGCAACUACCAAGGAGUGUUAAUCUCCCCAUCGCUUGCCUGCCCAAGACCAGGCCCAGGCCCUCGGAGGUUUGCUCCGUCAUGGGCUGGGGCAAGGUCAGGACCAGCGACACCUACGGCACCCACACGCUGCACGAGGCCAAGCUUCCUAUUGUGGCGGCGAGCGUCUGCCGCCGUUCCUACCGCCACUUCCUCAUCACCCCCAACAUGUUAUGUGCUGGUUGGUCGUCAGGGGAGGCCGACACUUGCGCCGGGGACAGUGGCGGGGGGCUCAUGUGCCCCUUCAAACGGCGUUCAAGACUCGCAUACAGCGUCCAAGGCAUCACAAGUUUUGGGGACGGCUGUGGUUUGAAAAACAAGUACGGCAUUUACACCACUGUGUUUAACUACCUAAAGUGGAUCUAUUACGUGAUGGACCACUACUCAUAAUUCAGUAUUCGCAAAUUUAACACUUUUAUAGCUAUUUUUGACAUUAACUGAGCAAUAAACUUGAUUUGUAAAAA